AUGGACGUGGACGAGGAGGAUCAAGUUUCCCCGGUGUCGGACACCGUUUAUGAGCGAGGCGGUGACGAAACAGUCACACCGAUCUAUGUGCCCUCGCCGAAGCUCUCUGCACCGGCUGUGGAUGAGUACCUUGAAAGUCUUUCGGCACCACGGGCCACAAUUCCCCGCGUGUUUGUCGCAUUUAUGGACCGAGGACUGCAGCUGUUGUGUGCUAAUGACUACCAGGUCGACGUGGCGACCAAGCAAUUUGCACAAAGCAACAAUGCCGACUUUGGCUACUUCAAGCUUUCGCCGAAGGAGCUGGAGAAUUUGGAAAAGACCUUGCGCGAUCACUCGGCAGAGAUGAGCCUGCUCAAGCGUGCCCUGCCUGAUCGUACGCCGGGAGAGAUUGUAAAGAGCAUCUAUUAUUGGCAAACCGCCCCCACACGGCCCGCUACCGUGUCGCCUACACCUCCUGCGGCGCCCGACUUGGGCAAGUGUGUCAUGUGCCGGCGCGCGGAUCCCAAACGUCGUUUGAAGGUCUGUGGCCAGUGUGGAAUGGUUGCGCACCAAGGCUGUGUCGGAUUUACCAAUGCAGACUUGGAGGCGUCCGAAUGGUUCUGUGACCUGUGCCGCAAUGACCAAGACCCCGACUCAGCCCUGCUUCCGCAUUCCCAGCCGUCGUGUACGCUCGCCUUUGAGAUCUUCCCUGUAAAGACUUCACGCCGUGAAUCGGUUCACACGCUAUCUUUCAAGUCGGAGACCGGCCAUAUGUGUGCGCAGAUCUGGUGCAAGGAACAUCGCAACGUGGCCAAGUCCAAGACGACGUACGACUUUUUCGAAAGUGACAACAAGCUCGGCAUGACGGCCAUGCAAGCCUAUGCCCAGACCCACAAGCAAGUCACCACCAUGUCUCACUGCAAGUUCGAGCACCCCCGUCACGGCUCGCUUGGUUUCCUUCCUCGCAAGCGCGCCGCGAGCCACCGCGGCAAGUGCAAGUCGUUCCCCAAGGAUGACCCCAAGAAGCCCGUUCACCUGACGGCCUUCAUGGGCUACAAGGCCGGUAUGACUCACAUUGUUCGCGACCUCGACCGCCCCGGUUCGAAGAUGCACAAGCGUGAGGUCGUCGAGGCCACUACGGUCAUCGAGACUCCCCCCAUGGUCGUGGUUGGUGUCGUUGGCUACAUCGAGACCCCCCGUGGUCUCCGCUCGCUCACCACUGUCUGGGCUGAGCACCUCUCUGACGAGGUCAAGCGCCGCUUCUACAAGAACUGGUACCGCAGCAAGAAGAAGGCCUUCACCAAGUACGCCAAGAAGCACUCGGAGAACAACGGUCAGUCGAUCGCCCGUGAGCUCGAGCGUAUCCGCAAGUACUGCACUGUUGUCCGUGUGCUCGCGCACACCCAGCUGCGCAACACCAGCCUGAAGCAGAAGAAGGCUCACCUCAUGGAGAUCCAGGUCAACGGUGGCUCGGUCGCCGACAAGGUUGAGUUCGCCCAGGGUCUCUUCGAGAAGACUGUUGACGUCGGCAGCCUCUUCACCCAGGACGAGAACGUUGAUGUUAUCGGUGUUACCAAGGGUAAGGGUUACGAGGGUGUGACUGCCCGUUGGGGUACCAAGAAGCUUCCUCGCAAGACCCACAAGGGUCUCCGCAAGGUCGCCUGUAUCGGUGCCUGGCACCCGGCCAACGUUAUGUUCACCGUUGCCCGCUCUGGUCAGGACGGUUACCACCACCGCACUGAGCUCAACAAGAAGAUCUACCGUAUCGGUAACGGUGCUGACAAGGCCUCGGCCACCACCGAGUUCGACACCACCCAGAAGCCCAUUACCCCCAUGGGUGGCUUCCCCCACUACGGUGUGGUGAAGAACGACUUCAUCAUGAUCAAGGGCUGCUGCCCUGGUGUGAAGAAGCGUGUUCUGACUAUCCGCAAGUCGCACCAGAUCCACACCUCGCGCCGUGACCUCGAGAAGGUUUCGCUCAAGUUCAUUGACACCUCGUCCAAGUUCGGCCACGGCAACUACCAGACUGCCGCUGAGCGUGAGGCGUUCGAGGGCCCCAAGAAGGCUCCCGUGGUGUACUACUAA